AUGACGAAAAAGACCUCCAAGUGGAAGUCCCAUUUUAAUCCCUCCAAAUUACUAUUCUACUUCAUAUUUUACGGUGUUCAGAUUGGCUUCUUUGCCUACGGAUGGUGGAAACAAGCAUCCGACCAUAGACUAGAUGCCCUUAAUGCACUCAACUUUUCAGUAUGGACAUCUCGAGGAGCUGGCUUCGUUCUUUCAUUAGAUACAGCCCUGAUCAUGUUUCCCAUGUGCAGAACGCUGCUCAGAUAUGUCAGGCCGAAGUUGAGGUGGCUUCCUCUCGAUGAAUCGCAAUGGUUCCAUCGACAGAUAGCAUAUUCGUUGCUUUUUUUUAGUGUGGUACACGUAGUAGCACACUACGUCAACUUCUUUAACAUCGAGCGAUAUCAGGCACGUCCGGAAGCAGCCGUUCAGAUUCAUUAUACCCAAGCUGCUGGUAUCACCGGCCAUGUGAUGCUUCUUUGUAUGCUGUUGAUGUAUACAACCGCACAUCAUAGGAUAAGACAACAGUCGUACGAGACGUUCUGGUACACGCACCAUCUGUUCAUCCCAUUCAUGUUGGCACUGUAUACCCAUGCCACUGGAUGUUUUGUAAGAGAUACACCAGAUCCAAUAUCCCCCUUCGCCGGCAAGCCUUUCUGGGAUCAUUGUAUUGGCUACGAAGGGUGGAGAUGGGAACUUUGGGGUGGCGGUUUCUACCUUAUCGAACGCCUAUACCGAGAGAUUCGAGCUGCAAGAGACACUGAAAUCAUCAAAGUUGUUCGACAUCCGUAUGAUGCUAUGGAAAUUCAAUUCCGUAAACCAAGUCUGCGCUAUAAGCCUGGACAGUGGCUCUUCCUUCAGGUUCCAGACGUCUCUCGAACGCAGUGGCAUCCGUUCACUAUCACAUCCUGCCCUCAUGACCCCUACAUCAGCAUCCACAUCAGACAAGUCGGAGACUUCACCCGCGAACUCGGGAACCGACUGGGUUGCGGGCCCGAACAGGCGAAAGAUAUCGAUGGCCUCGAUCCGCUUGGAAUGUACGAGAUCGCCAUGCAGAACGGCCAGACUAUGCCCAGUAUCCGCAUUGAUGGUCCCUACGGAGCCCCUGCCGAGGACGUAUUUAGUAACGACAUUGCCAUCCUCAUCGGCACAGGCAUUGGCGUGACGCCCUGGGCAUCUAUACUAAAGGACAUCUGGCACUAUCGGGCCGGUCCCAACCCCCCGUCUCGGCUUCGUCGAGUCGAGUUCAUCUGGAUCUGCAAAGACACCAGCUCCUUCGAGUGGUUUCAAGCUCUUCUUUCAUCCCUGGAGGCACAGUCUGCCGAAGAGGCGCACUCUGGACAGGAGUUCCUGCGCAUACAUACCUAUCUUACCCAACGUUUCGACGAAGACACCGCCGCCAACAUCUAUCUCAACUCAGUCGGUCAAGAACUUGACCCGCUCACUGAGCUGAGGACAGGCACCAAAUUUGGCCGUCCAGAUUUUGCCCGCUUCUUCCAUGCGCUUCGUGCUAGUAUUAUGGAUCAUACGUACAUGUCCAACCUCGAAGCAACGCGCAGAGCUGAAGUUGGAGUCUACUUCUGCGGCCCUAACCAGGCGGCCAAGCAGGUUAAAAAGGCAACGAAAGAAUGCACAAGCAAAGAAGUUAAGUUCAAGUUCUGGAAGGAACAUUUCUAA